CUUGCAAAUGUCGAACUGGGAAAGUCCCUACGUUGAGGAUUCUUAUAAUAGCCAGAAAUAUUUUUCCUGGAAUUUAUAUAUAUAUAUAUAUAUAUACAUACUCUGAAUCAAUAUUAUUCCAAACCGAAUCUCUGGAGCCAUUCAUAAAAUUGGUGGCCUCUGUGAGAUCCUCCAACCCACUAGAUUCCUACUUUAAAUUCCUCUAUCUUUAAUCUUCUUCUUCUUCUUCUUCUUUUUCUUUCUUAUUGACUCUCUCUCUCUCUCUCUCUCUCUCAGUUGUUGCUGGUUUCUGACUUAUAUUUUAAGUUUUUUUUGUUUUCUUAAUUUUUGUUGCAGAUGAGAUUAUCUAAAUCAUCCUAACCAGGUAAUAUUAUAAUGGUCUAAACAUGCUGACGGUCCAUGCUCCUGGAGCUAAUACCAAAUGCUGGUCACAUCCAGACUCUAGCUCGCUAAAAGAGUCAUCAUUAUCCAAGAUAACCCAUCUCAAUUCUUUGAGUAGUAUUUCAUUUUGUCCCAGCCUUAACAUCAGAGCUCCUUGUAAUUAUGUACUCCAUAGUUCCUCAAUUUCUUGGAAAGGUCGUUUUCUAUCAAACACCCAUCAUGUGUCCCAGCUUGGAUCUUCAAAAAAGUGGCUGUGCCGAUUGCAUGAUUCAAUUCCAUCUGAUGAUGAGUAUCGUUCAUCACGCAACAUAGCAAUCAGUUUGUUUAGGCGGUACAGGAACGUAGUUGAUCGUGGAGGAGGUGACAACCUAAAAGAGUUUAUAAGUGCUGGAGUGAAUGCUUAUGCACUGGGCUGCACUGAUGAAGGAUUAAGGAAAGAGCUCAUUGAUAUGAUGGAAUCCGGUGAGGAAAUCGAGGCAAUGCAAAGUUAUGGUGGAAGAACCAGUUUGAAAUCUAAGAUUGCAUCAGAAGAGGUUGAUGAGUGUAUUCUGUGGUUGAGCAUUUUAUUCAUCACCAUAUUGUGUACGCCACAACCGACUGUAGUUAGGUGGUCAUCCACUCCUCCAGUGUCAGAUGAAGUAAGGCUUCAGUGGAAAGGCUUUUGUGCUCUCAUAGCGAAUGCAUAUUAUGUGAGAGGAAUGGCAUGGCUUCCAGUAAAGACUCUUCAACUCGAACAAAUGGCAGUGGUGGGAAGAGCUGAGGAGCCAUCAGUUGUUGCUAGCCGAAUGCGAUUAGUGUUUAGUACGCUCGAGGUGGUGAGUCCACAAUGGCCUAGAGUAUAGCGCUUCAGUUCUGAAAAAUCUCCUCAUUUUCUUAGCCUUCAGGAUUUUUUUUUUUUUUUUAGUAAGUUAGUAUAGCCUAAAACCAUUUUAAAUGCAAAAAGUAAAAGAAAAAAGUGAAAGGGCAAAAUAAGGGAAGAAAAAAAAAAAAUUAUAUAUAUAUAUAUAUAUAUAAUGAUCAUAUAACUAGGGUAUGGAAAGUUGGCUGCUGUGUGUUCUAUAAAUCUUCACAAGCUAGACACCGUAUAUGCUAUUUACUUUAUAGAAUCUAUGCUGGUCGAAUAUCCCUUAUAUUGGUAACAACGUUUUAGAAAGCAAGUCAGAUUUACUACCAUCCGCCUUGGAAA